AUGAACCCCAAAGGCAGAGGACUAGUGGACUGGGAAGGACAGGGACUGGGAAAGAUGUUCAGUGGAUAUGACAACAGUGGAAAGAGGGUGAUCGGAUUUGUGCCUACAGGGGCAAUGGCCACCAAAGUGUAUGCAGAGAAGGUUCACCAGUGGCGGGUUCUUGAUUCUUGGAGCCUGCAGGAAGCCAGCACCGUGCCUCUACCAUAUUUCCAGGCUUACCAUGCCCUGGUGCAGAGGGCAGGGAUUGACAAGAAUAAGAGUGUACUUGUGGUAGGAUCAGGAGCUGAGGGUCGUGCAGGGGUGGCGGUGGCCAUGCAGUAUGCCUGCUCUGUGUAUGUGGCAGCAGAAACUGACAAGCACAAAAUCAUGUUACUGGAAGACUUCCAGGAUUUAAAAGAUUGGACAUUCUUAAAGCAGGAUAUGCACGGGGAAGUUUUGCGAAGAACCAAUGGACAAGGAGUGGAUAUAGUGUUCCACUGUGGUGAGCCAGGCAGCCUGCAGACUGUGUGCCCACUAGUAAGGGAUGGUGGGAGUCUAAUGCAGUGCCACACCACAGGAAAUGUACCAGCCGAUGAAGGUCAAGGGACGGUGCUUAUUAGCCUGCUACAGAGGAAUUGUCGCCUCUGUCACAUCAGUAUAGACAGGCUGGACAGGGAAAUUGAACAUCAUGCCGCUCUGCUGCUGGCUGAAGGUAUCGAUUCUGGAGCCGUGAGGCCUUUCUCUUCCAAAUUGUUUGAGGUGGAUAAGGUACAUCAGGCCAUCAGCUACAAGGAGGCCCAUCCUUCAGAUUCCGUGGUCUUGAAGCUAGGAGAAAGCAAGCCAGGUCCCCUGGAAGUGGAGGCCGUGACGCGCCUGUUACUUGCCCCUCACAAGGUGUAUGUUGUCCUGGGAGGCCUUGGGGAGCUGGGGCUGCAGCUGGCUCACUGGCUUGUACAGCGUGGGGCCAGGAAGCUCCUCCUUACAGCUGACUCAGGAAAAGAGACAGGAUACGAACAACGGAAACUUCGUGAGUGGAAGAAAAUGGGUGUUACAGUAAUGGUUUCUGAGAGAAUCACUGGUACCCAGUUCUGUGCAGUUGUGCUGAUAACUGAUGCCAAGAAACUGGGACCAGUAGGAGGAAUAUUUGAUAUAAAAAUGGGAGAGGAUUGCUACUCCAGGGUCAAAAACCUAGAAACUGUUGUGAGGGAUACAUGCAGGAGCAUCAACUGGUUUAUUGUGUUUAGGAGGGAUAGCCAGUCAACAGAACUGUUGGAAUGGUGUGAGGGCAAGAUCGAUGAAAAUUACAAAGUCCAAGUCAUUAAACUGGUUGACCAUCAACAAAUUGGAUGUCCAUCUCCUUGGCGACUACCACCAAAUGACCUUGAGGCAGCUAUGUUGCAGGACUGCACUGAAUGUGAUUUAUGCCUGGAUGCAGGGGGAACACAAGAAAGAAAGGCCAAAAAUGAAACCACCUUGGAGUGUUUGUGCAGAUUAUCAGGUGUGCUUGACAUGUCCAGUUUGGAAGGGUCCCUGAGCCUGAAUCAGCUGGGGUUAGACAUACUGGACAUUGCAGAGCUUAAACUGCAUGUUGACAAACUGGCAUGGUUCACAUCCCAAGAGUUGAAGCAUAUGAAGGUCGAAGAAUUGCUCGACUUACUGCCAGAAAGUACUGAUGAUAAGAAAAGUGAAGAGGAAACUGAGAACCACUCAAUGGCCGACUUGACUGAUUCAGACAACAAGAAGUUGAGGCCUCUCCUACCAUCUUUCAGUGACCAACAAAUGAUAGUUAAGCUGAACAGUUGGCCUCAACCUGCAAUGCCUGUCUAUAUUAUAUACAAUGAUGAGACUGUUUGGGAGGUGUUAGAGCUAGCUAGAAUGGUAAAGGCCCCAGUGUACGGCCUCCAUGUCACUGCUGACACACCCACAAUGUCUGUGAAUGCCCUUGCUGGAUACUUCCUGCAGAAUCUCUGCUUGAACAACAAUUGUGAACCAUUCAUUCUGAUUGGUCACAAGUUUGGUUGCCCUGUUGCCAUAGAGAUGACCUUACAACUAGACACAGAUGACCUUGACCUUGUGAAACAGCUUAUCUGCUUAGAGGGCUCACAGAUGUAUGUGAUGGCUGGGGAAAAUGACUGUGUCUCAUCAAAGGGGGAAUACGACAAAGAUGAGAUGGAAGAAAUGGCGUUGAUCUCGUUCUUACAGAGUUUUGAUGUUACUUCUGAAGAGGUUGGAUUUAGCUUUAGAAGUACUGGAGAAUUUUGA